CAAUUGUCCUGCCGGUUCAAGAGAAAACUGCAAGCUGAGUCGCUGAUGAUUCCCAAGUACCGGAAACGAAAGGACAGACGUUAACACUUCAACGGCGUGUAAAAAUCUGCGGGUACUGGCACACGUUUCCUUCAUCUUCUUCCCUGCGAUAAGCAGAAAGUGGCAAUCGGCCGAACUCCGUUACGUUUCUCAGAUGUGUUCGUGUUUUAACUGAAAUCUCCAGAGUAAACGAAAAUUCGAGAUUACCAUCAAUGGGAACCUCAGAUUCAACGCUCGCAGGUUCACAGGGAACGGGUGAAGGGAUCACCACUGUUGCGCAGCGACCAGAAACCCUGGAUCCCAUUUUGGAGAGACUCAAAUCCUUGAAAAUUGCAACGCCGAUACUGAAGUCACCGCCGGUAGAGAAUAGCUUGACCGACAUUUUAGUUAGAAAACCAUCGUCUUCUUCGACUUCCGGUUAUGUAAAUCCUAAGGAGAUACUGGAGCUAUUUUUAACGUACCGUGAUUGGCAAGAGGGAAGCUCAGAGAUAGCAGAAACAGUUGCCUCUUCAGAGGAGAUAGAGAACAAAAUAGAAGUAGCAGAUGCUUUGGCAGUUAAACUUCUCCAACGUUUUAAUUACUCGGUGUCUGCUAUGAAAACAACUUCCCAGCAUUUGUCUGGAGUUCAUGGAUUGCAGGUAGAGAUUGGAGAACUUAAAGGGAGGUUGACUGAGGUCAUUAGCAACUGUGAUGCAUUGUGCAAGAGAAUUGCUGCAGAGGGUCCAGAAUCUCUAAGGACAUCCGUCAAACCAUUUGCAGUUCCAACAUCACAAUUGGAGAUCAGCUCUGGCUCUUCUGUUGUGCAAAGAGUUGUAAACAGAACCCCUUCCAGCUCUAUUACAGAGACAGAGGACAAGCAUGACUGACUCCUCUUGUUUCUGGCAUAUAGUUCCACAGAAUUCUACUAAUUUGUCUCUCACAUAGAGAUUGAGCCACAUUAUAGUAAGUUCUUGUAUUAAACAUUUUGAUAGUUGCAAAUUGAAAUGAAAAUAAAUUGAUUUAUAUGAAA